UUUUGAUAACUUGUCUUUACUCUCUUUUUCUCUCUCUCUCUGUCCCCAAAAUUUUUCUCUCCUUCCAAAAAAUUUUUUAAAAUUAAAAAUGCUUCACUUUAUUCAUUUUAAUAAUUUUUGGAUUUUAUUCUAUUUUUUAUUAUUCUUCUCCUGUUGCCAAAUUUUUAAUAAUAUUUUGAUUUUUGCUCAAGACGGUGUUUGUUCUUCUGAAGAAUUAAGUUUUGGACCCUGUUUACCGGGCACUCCAAAAACUUGUCCAUCAACUUGUCCACUUGGCUGUCAUUGUGUUGAGAAUAGUUGUUGUUAUCCAGCUAGUUCAGUCCAAAACGAUUUUUGGAAUAGAAUAAACGAAAAUUCACAACAAAAUCAACAACAACAACAACCAUAUAUGGGAGAUCAACAACAAUAUGGCCUACAAAAUGGCGGCCAACAAAUUGGCCAAUUAAAUAAUUAUUUACUAAUGUUGUUACUUCUAAGGCAGCAACAACAAAUGUUGGGCGGUGGUGGUAGUUGGGGCUGUUAUGAUCAAGCAGAUAACUGUGCCCCCUUCUCUUUUCUUUGCUUCUAUUCUACAAAUAUGUUAAAUUUUUGUCCUGUUUCAUGUGGGAUAUGCCCUUUAUACAAUCCACAAUUUGUUAAUCAAAGGCUUUUACAAAUGCUCCUAGGUGGAGGUGGUGGAGGUGGUUUUGGACAACAACAGAUUGGAGGGGGAGGAAAUUUUGGAGGAGGAUUUUUUCCGUUUGGAGGUCUCCAACAAGGAUUUGGAGGAGGCUUUCAACAACCUCAACAACAGCAACUUCCUUAUGGUUCAAACACAAUUGGACGAAUACAAGGAUUCUUAGAUCAAACCCAAGGGCUUGCAAACAGUGCAAAUCAAGCACUUGGAACGAUUGGGGGUCCAGGAUUGAAUUUACAAACUAUUGGACAAGCAUUGGGGCAAAGAUUGGGGUUUGGUUGA